UACAGUACAGUGUUCAACAUGUACGCUAAGGGGAAGGGUUCGUCCGUCCCUUCCGAUGCACAGGCCAGGGAAAAAUUGGCGUUAUAUGUGUACGAAUACCUACUACACGUUGGUGCCCAGAAAGCAGCACAGACUUUCCUAUCAGAAAGCGCUGGACUAAAUAUAAGAUGGGAGAAAAAUAUAACGUUAGGGGAGCCUCCGGGGUUUUUACAUUCGUGGUGGUGUGUGUUUUGGGACCUGUAUUGCGCGGCACCCGAGCGGCGGGACACCUGCGAACAUUCGAGUGAGGCGAAGGCUUUCCAUGACUACAAUGCCGGACCAGCACCAUCCCCCAUAGGACAGAUGCCUCCCAGCGACGGCAUGGGUCCAGGGGGUCCCAUGCCCCCAGGGUUCUUCCCGACGCCGGGUAUGAGACCAUCCCCAGGCCCAAACCCCCCCUCCCAGGCCUCCCCCCAUCCCCCUGGGGGUCCGGGGGGUCCAGGAGGGCCGGGGGGGAGCCCCAUGCACAUGAACCCACAGCCCUUCAUGUCUCCAAGGUACCCAGGAGGGCCACGGCCAGGAGUUAGGAUGCCACAGAUGCCCAAUGACUUCAACGGGCCUCCAGGACAGCCAAUCAUGCCGAACAGCAUGGACCCCACACGCCAAGGAGAUGGAGACUUUGUUGGGUGGCAAGGUAGGAACUCGCCUGGCAAGUUCCCUCUCCACCAAUCAGAUCUUGGAUUGAUCCAUCUCCAUCACUCAGAGCUCAGGAGUCCUCCCGGGAUGAACCCAAGGAUGGCUGGACCUCGAGGCCCAGCCAUGGGUCCAGGCAUGGCUCCCAUGGGUCCAGGAGGCUAUGGACCAGGCAUGAGGGGACCUCCACCUAGCAGUAUGGGUCCAGGAGGGCCAGGAGGGCCAGGACCUGGGGGCCCAGGCCCAGGCAUGCCACCUAUGAGCAUGGGUGGACCUGGGCCUAGACAACCAUGGACACCUAACACAUCAACUCCAAUGAGUUACUCUUCGUCCUCACCAGGAACUUAUGGUGGAAUGAUGGGUCCACCAGGCUCUGCAGGUCCCCCUGGUCCCGGUACUCCAAUCAUGCCGAGCCCUCAAGGGUCGAGUGGAGCUUUCUCUCCCGCCCGUCUGCCCCCCACCCCGCGGCCAGACACAUCAAACAGUGGAGCCGAUGGGAUGUUCCCCAUGAUGAAACCUGUACCUGGGCAAGGAAUGCCAGGGGACUUCCCCUUGGGAGGUGGCCCUGAUGGACCCAUGCCAGGUCCUAUAGGCCCUAACACUAUGGGUCCUGUUAUGAAUGGUGAUGGUUUGGAUGGUAUGAAGAACUCUCCUGCUAAUGGUCCUGGCACGCCGCGGGAUGAUGGGGGUGGCAUGGGGGACUACAACUUGGCAGGCUUCGGGGGCCCUCCAGACAGUGACCAAAAUGAGUCAGCUGCCAUAUUAAAGAUCAAGGAGAGUAUGCAAGAAGAAGCAAAACGAUUUGAAAAGGACGUUCCACCAGAUCAUCCAGACUACUUUAUGCCGUGACGUGACCCCCUCCCAUCCCCACUUUACCCUAUGAACUAGCUCUCUCGGCUCCCUACAGAACCUGUGACAUGGCAAUGGGGUUGACCUCCCCCUCCUCCCCAGCUGCUGAGGAUGUGUCAAAGCUUGGUAAAGAGGGCUAAGUGUGAGUGCAGAAACGUGGCAACGGUGUCUGCACAUUGACAGUUUGCCACACUAAAGGUGAUGUGAUUCUGUGUGCGGUGGAGUGACGAUGGGACAAUGGGUCCUCACAAACUCUUGAGGAACUGGCAUCUCAGCCCUCAACACAGUUCUCAUCAAGUGAAUCAAAACGCAGAACUCCAGUGAUGGAGUGCUAUCCUACAGUGGAGUUUGAUAUAAUGUGAUUAGAAACACUAGUGAUUUACCUUACAAAGUCUGGAAAGGCAGGAUAAGCACUAUAAGGAAAUGACUUCAUGUAUGACUUCUUGCAUAAACUAUUUAAAAGAGAAGUGAAAAGAUGGCUCUGAUUUCUGCUGUUUGAUGAUAAGUCUGUUGUGUCAUUCAUUGUGCUUUCUAUGUGAAUCUUGUAGGAAACAAAAUUACUAUUAAUAUUAUUUAAUAUGUUUUCUCAAUUUCGCUCAUUUAAAACCCAAGAACCAUAACCUGAGCAGCAGAGUCAGGAGACUCGGGCAGCCGAGGGUAGGAUGGAGAUGUAGAUAUUUUCAUAGACCGUCAUUGCUCACGGGUGGUGUCCGGACGCCUCAACCGGUCAACCAGCGCUGCCCCGUCUCCUGGCUGGACCCUUGUAGGAGUGCCACAGUCUUCUCUGAGAGAACCCCAGUCCCAGGCACCAGCAGUCCCCCCUCACUACCACCAACAUCGCCCUCGGACGUGCUCCUGGGAUGGCCCGGGACGUGCCCCUUCCGACCCCAGGGUGAGGGCCCAGAGUCAGCUGGUUCCCCACUCAUACAGGGCUCGGCACUCAUGUACAAAUCCCCCAGCCUGGGACCUUUGGGACCUUGGCACGUGAUCUGCCCUCCACAUGUGCAAAAGACAGCAAUGUCUGUUCUCACUAGUAUUACUCAGACUGUUCUGGCCUCAGGCCCAACUCAUGUAAUAUCAGAUGGGAAGUCUUUUAUUCAGACUACUUUGUGUUAGCUUACCUACUGGACUGGAAGUCAUGACCUGUCUCUAUUCUGUACAGAUCUAUCCAAGUGUCGUAGAUGUAGGAAUAAUUUAUUAUUUGUCAUGUCCAAAUCUAUCUCUUUAUCUUUCUUCUAGACUCCCUAUGUUAAACCGUUUUAACCACAAUGGCCACCUCACCCCCUCUGUCCAUGAUCCCACACCACCACUAUUACCUAUUUCACCACCACCACCUCCACCACUAUCACCAUGAACACCAAAACCACCACCUUGGGCCUUGCAGUGAGAAUUACUUUACUGCUGCCCACUCAACCAGCGCCAAAUGUAAAUCACUGAAGUUCGCCAGGGAUGCACUACCAUCACCAGAUCGACCACCACCUGGGGUGUUGAUGUCCUACACCAUAUACUUAUAUUUAGAAUCAUCCUGACUAUAAUUGUAUCUUCACCAAAUCUCUGCUAUUCUGAGAGAAUUUAUAACUCAAUGAGUGUGAUACAGUGACCUGCUGUUAAUUUAUUGAAUACUUGAUUCUAAUUUCAUCUCACAAUACCUAGAUAGCCACAAAACACUUCAUAACCAAGUUGACCUCUAUAUAGGUUGGCUUCUCAUAUCCUUGGUUGACCUCUCAUUAUUAAGGUUAACUUCUCAUAAUACAGGUUUACCUCAUUAUGCAGGGUAACCUCUCAUAAACUAGGUUGACCUUCUUAGUAAAAAAAAUAAAAAAUAAAAAAAAAAUAAUCAUGGCUUAGGUUAAAUCACCAUUUCAUCAGUAACAAAGGGACACAUGACCUGAUUGAUAUACUGGCCAUGACCCUGGGUGUAUGUCGCUCUGGUGGUGCGACCGUGGCCUGGCUCAUCUGCUGGGCCUUGCUUGGCCUAGCUUGUCUGCUGGGCCUAGCCUUUUUGCUAGGUCUAGCCUGUUUGCUAGGCUUGGCUCAUCUGCUGGGCUCAGCGUGUUUACUGAGCCUGGCUUGUCUGUUCUGACCAAGAUCCCCUGUACAGUAGAACAUAGCAGAUAUAUUAUGUGUAGCAAUUUUCAAUAAAAUGGCUAAGGCAAUAAGAGAA